CAGUGCGCGUGCGCCUCCGCAAGUUCCGCAAGCAGACGCGAAGUGCGUGGCGCCGGCGCCCAGACCAAGCAAUCGAAUUGAGACAUCAGCCACCUUCGAGUGUGUGCGUGUGUGUGUUUGAGUGGGAGGUGACGAAGCGAAAAGCCGCAAAGUUCACAAGGAAAAGUUGUGAAAAUUGAUUUCCCAGCAAGGCGCUGAAGCCAAACCGAAAUCAUUUGUGUGCCCAUCAACAAACCGAAAACGUUGUAGUUAAACUUGAACAAGAAUGCUCCAAUUGUGCACCAUCUACGCCUGCGCCAACGGCACGCUGGGCCUGAAUUUGAGUCGUGCCCCCUGGGACCCGUAUCCAUGGGUCAGCGGGGUGCAGGAGAAAUCAAAUGCGGAGCGCGGCGGUGUCCGCAUUGGCGAUACCCUGUUGGAGCUGAAUGGAGUGGACAUACUCGGCCUAAGGAUCAGUGAGCUGGCCAGUCGCCUGGCCGAGCACUGGCACAGUGGCGCCGAGUGUGUCACCAUGAUGAUGUGGCGCCAGCAGGCAGCCAUCACAUCCCCCGAAGAUGCUGAGGAGGCAUCCCACGCUGUGCAGCAUGGAAUUAAUCAACAAUCGCUGCAAAAGUUUGCCACAUGCCUUCAACAUAUUUCCCAAUUACUGGAGUGUCCUGUGUGCCUUGAGGUCAUCAAACCACCUGGAUGGCAGUGCUGCAACGGACACGUGCUCUGCAAUAAUUGCCGCAGCCGGUCCGUGAAGUGUCCGGUGUGUCGUGUGCCCCUUGGACCCAGGGGUCGCUGCCUGCUGUCGGAUAAAUUAUUCACCCUGCUGGCCGAGAGUUUUCCAUGCGAUGGCGGAAAAACCAACAAGGUGACUGCGGACCUGGACCACGGCCCGGAGGGUCAGCGAAAGCUGAGCAGCGUCAACAAGUGCACAAAUGAAUAUCAUAAUCAACCAAAAAUGGCACUGGCCAAGUCGAACACCGGCAAGAAGUGCGGCAAGCAAAUCUCCAGGCAACUGCAGCUGGACGCAGUGGCCGUUGUGGUUCUGAAUGCCACAGACAGCGGUGCAGGUGCAGGUGCAGAUGGUGGGGUGCUGCAGCACCCGCAAAUGCCAAAGGGAAAUGAGGAAAAUGCUCGAAUUCGAAAUAAUGUCCCCGCCGCCGACAACAGCAGCAACCACAGCAGCAACGGCAGCAGGAGGUGGCACAGUCAGGGCCAGGACGAGAAGGACCUGCAACGUUGCACACUGAUAAAAGUGCAGCACCAGGAGAGUCGUUUCAGCGAGCAGCAGAAGAAGUCGGUGCUGGAACUGCUCGAGAGCAACAAUGUGCUCGUUAAACCAAAGUUAAAGUUGAGUAAGAAAAGUUGUCGGAUUACAGGCAAAGAUCAAGACGGAUUGCGCUCCGAUGAAGUUGCCAACAUAAAUGCUGGGCAACACCAAACAGCGGGGCAGGAGGAGGAAGAGGAGGAGCAGGUGAUGCACCCAGCUGGCGGCAGAGGCCGGCUGCAAUUUCAAAAUUAUCAUUGCCCCACUGGGAAAUCAUGUAUCUCCAGCAGCUGCAGCGCUGUGCUCAAACUUUCGCAGCCAGCUGACGGCUCUCGGAACAAAUUGUCAACCGUCAAAGCUGGGGCCGCCACCGCAGACGGAGUGGCAGCCGAAAUUGCAGCGGCCACCUUAUCAGUGGGGAGCCAUAAACAGGCGCCAGCAUCUGAAGUAAAUCAGGCAACGUCGUCGCUAGUUUCGGGGUCGGGCGCGUCAUCAAUAAAGUCCUGCGAGUGGCAGCUGCUGAGGCAUCUCAGCAGCGAGCACCGCCUUUCCGUGCUGCACUCGUACGGCACGUUCGGGGAGCGGCUGCACGUCCAGCUGCCGUCCCAGCAGGCGGUGGCAUGCCUCAGUCUGAGCGAGGAUGUCAGUCCGGGCCACGAGCAUGUCAGAGUGCACACAUUUUUCCUGGCUGUCAUAGCGAUCAGCACAGGGCAUGCCGUUUUCCUCUGGCACCUGGACGACCCGGACGACCGACCACAGGAGGAGUCACACUUUGAGACUGUCAUCGAGACACAGGGCGGGCAUGUCAAGUGGUGCGGUGCCGCCCAUUCACUCAGGCGCAGUUGGCCGGAGAUUGGUGCUUCUGGCCAUUUCCUCAACUGCCACAACCUUCAGGAGAACGCCAGCGCAGCCUUUGAUAUCACAGUGAAAAGAAGUGCUCCAACCCCCAAGCUAUAGUCUAAACCUAAUUAGUGAUAAGCUUAGAAUAUUCAUUAGUGAGUAGAGAAUGUGGAAAGCAAAGACUGCAAAUGAAUUUCCCAUUUAGAGUCUGUGUAAUUUAGCAUCAAUUUUCAUGGCAUUCCGAACGAGUGGAAAUAAAAACCGAAAUACAAAUGAAGCGUGGAUGCAAAAUCUCUUGACGAGCUUGACGGGUGUGUGCUUUGUAAAUUAUAUUUGCAUUUUUUUAAUGCUCGCAUUCGUGUUCGGACUCGUGUUCGUGUAUUUAUUCGCAAAAAUGCAAAACGCAAUUUGGAAAUGUGUUUAAUGUGCAAUAUUUUUAAUUAAUAAAAACAUUUAGAAAUAUGCUGGCCAGGCAAAUUGAA